AUGAAGAAAUGGGAAAGCCUCAAUGAGCUGCUUUGGGUGGAUUCCGAAUUGGACACUCUGAGAGCAUUGCACCACCCCUUCGUUCAUUCCCUCGGAGCUGGUACCUUAUCAAGGGAGAGCUUCCAAUUUUACAUUGCUCAGGAUGCUCACUUUCUCGCUGUGUUCGCUUCAUCAUACGCAGCGGCUGAGCGCAAAGCAUCCAGACUAGAUGACAAGUCUAUUGCUGCCCAACUAUCAACCUUACACGAGGGUGUUGCCAAGGAGUUGGAAAUGCAUGGGUCUUAUGCCAAGGGGUGGGGUGUGGAUCUUGCCGACAUGCUGCACCCCUCAGCAGCGACAAAGGCUUAUUUGGAUUUCCUUGGAGAUGUCGCCGAGACUGAGGACGUUGUCUACAUUUUGGCGGCUAUGCUGCCCUGCUCGCGGCUGUAUGGAUUCUUGGGGGAGGAACUAGCAGCAGCAUAUCCGCAAGCCAGCCACGCCUAUAAAGAUUGGGUCAUGACGUAUUCUUCCCCUGCGUACCUUGCCCUGCCAGCCACCAAGGGAGCGCUCUUGGACAAGCUUGGAAAGGACGCCAACUUUGGUGAGUUCCCUUGA